AUUCUAUUUGCGAUAAUGAUUCUACCAGUGGCGCUACCACUCUUUCUAGGGCUGUGUGUGCUCGUCCUUUCCGAGGACUCGGAGGACUCGGAAAUGGAAGUCGACAAGUGCGACAACACCACUAUUGGCGGCGAACCCAUGGACAUAAAGGACGCCCCAUGGACGGCUUCUAUUACGGUCAGGGAAAAGGCCAAGUGCGUCGGUGUCAUCUACAAGUUAAACUACAUCCUAACUGUGGCGCAGUGUGUGGAUGGCUAUUUGAAUAAAGCCAUUAGAGUGCGAGUUGGAAGCACCACUCGAAGCGAUGGAGUUACAGAAGCCACAAUCUGCGAUACCAUCAUUCACGAGAAGUUCAAUCUCCAAGCCACUAACUAUAAUGUGGCCCUGUUAAAGUUGUGCAGUCCGCUCAAGGACUCCGCUACGAUAAAGCCGAUCCAGUUAGUUGAUAAAUUUCCAGCCGAUGGCUCAAAGGUCUUGGUCACCGGCUGGCCAUCCUUCAGGUGGUGGACAGAGUAUUUUGAUCAGUGUCUGGAAGAUCUAGCCCACAAGCUGCAGAAGGCCGAGGUAAAGAUGUCCGGCAAAAAGAAGUGCAUGAAGGACUGGCCAGAGAAGUAUCAACUCGGUAGAAACCUCACGGACGAGAUGUUCUGCACAGAGAAGACCGCCAAAAAUUCUUGCUCCUUCGACUUGGGAGCACCUUUAGCCUUCAAGGAAAAACUAGUUGGUAUCUUGGUCAGGGGCGGCUGCUCCGCCCGACCCGAAAUAUACAACAAUCUACAACUUUAUAGGUCCUGGCUGGACAAAAACACCAAGUAACUACACUUCAAAGCGUGAAAGUGAAAUAAGGUUCACAAAGCACACUAUUAAUAAAAACAUUGGUAUUUGAGUAUAAACAAAAAACUAUGAAAUAGUACCCCUAACUGAGAAAAAAAUAUAUUUUAUAGAAAAUAAUAA